UACUUGCGCCCAUUGUCAAAAUCAUGAGACCCGUCAUGGGACGGUGUUGCUCCACUUUUUAACUGCAGUGUUUUUUGUUGUUUUUUUUUUGUGGUUCUUUUGGGUUACCCAAACCGUCAUUAUGGCGGUAGAAACCAUUGCUCCUGACUGGGAGUUUGACCGUUUUGACGACGGAUCACAAAAAAUACACACAGAGGUCCAGCUGAAGAGCUACAGCAAGUUUCUGGAGGAGUACACCUCUCAGCUGAAAGGCAUUGAGGAGGCUCUGGACGACUCCAUUGGAGAUGUGUGGGACUUCACUCUGGACCCUGUUGCCCUGAAGCUUACUCCAUAUGAGCAGUCAUCCUUAUUGGAGUUAAUUAAAACAGACAACAAAAUUCUGAACAAAGUCAUCACUGUUUAUGCUGCUCUUUGUACUGAAGUAAAGAAGCUUAAGUAUGAGGCAGAAACAAAGUUCUACAAUGGGUUAUUGUACUAUGGAGAAGGAGUGCCUGACACCAGUAUUGUUGAGGGAGAGUCCCAAAUUCAGAUGGGCAGAUUCAUCUCAUUCCUACAAGAACUAUCUUGCUUUGUGUCGAGAUGCUAUGAAGUGGUGGUCAACAUUGUUCAUCAGCUGGCUGCCCUCUACAACAGCAACAAGGGUGCAGCAAAAAUUAUUGAGUCGUCAGGUGUCCACUUCCAGAUAGUUUAUGAACACCUUGGGGAAUUGUUAGUGGUCCUGCUCACACUCGAUGAGAUUAUGGAAAAUCAUGGCACAUUAAAAGAUCACUGGAAGAUGUAUAAAAGAUUAUUGAAAUCCGUCCAUCAUAACCCUGGGAAAUUUUCCAUUCCUGAAGAGAAGCUGAAACCAUUUGAGAAGCUCCUGCUUAAGCUUGAGGGACACCUGCUGGAUGGCAUGAUACUGCAGGCCUGUGUGGAACAGAGAUUCGAUGAUCCUAGGGAAGAAGUAGCUGUUUCCAAAAACAGUGCCUUUGCUGAGGAGUUCGCCUUCAAUAUACGCACCAUAUUCACCGGUGUUGAGUCUAAGAUUGGUGAGCCUUCGGAGAUUGACCAAAGAGAUAAAUAUGCUGCAGUCUGUGGCCUCUUUGUGCUACACUUUCACAUCUUCAGGAGUGUUGACAAAAAGUUCUACAAGUCGCUGCUCGAUGUCUGUAAAAAGGUUCCAGCUGUCACUCUGACUGCUAACAUUAUAUGGUUUCCUGACACCUUCCUUAUCGCAAAAGUCCCAGCUGCAGCUAAACUGAUGGAUAAGAAGAGUCUACAGGCCAUCAGAGCACAGAGAGACACCUACCUGCAACAAAGAGCUCAGACAUUAACAAAGGAUUUUCAGUCCUAUUAUGUGUUUGUCAUUUCUUGGAUGAUGAAGAUGGAGUCCAUCUUGUCCAAGGAGCAUAAAAGUGACAAGUUGGCAGAUGACCUUAACAGCAGGUGUAAUGUGUUUGUACAGGGCAUCCUGUAUGCAUACAGCAUCAGCACCAUUAUCAGGACCACCAUGAACAUGUACAUGUCAAUGCAGCGGCCCAUGACCAAGACAUCUGUCAAAGCGCUCUGUCGACUAGUUGAAUUGCUCAAGGCUGUGGAGCACACAUUUCACAGGCGUUCCAUGGUUGUAGCCGACUCUGUGUCUCAUAUCACUCAGCAGCUGCAGUCACAGGCCCUCAGCGCCAUCAGCACCGCUAAGAAAAGAGUGAUCUCCGACAAGAAAUACAGCGAGCAGCGCCUGGAUGUGCUGUCAUCUUUGGUGCUGGCAGAAAAUGCCCUGAGUGGACCCAGCACAAAGGAACGGCGCCUUGUGGUGUCUUUGGCUCUGUGUGUUGGCACUCAGCUGAAAACAUUCAGAGAUGAAGAGCUGCUACCGCUGCAGCUUGUGCUGAAGAAGCUGGAUCUAAUUAGCGAGCUGAGUGAGAGGGUCAGGCUGCAGUGUGAUUGUAGCUUCCUUUACUGGCACCGAGCUAUCUUUCCCAUCUACCUAGAUGAUGUCUAUGACAAUGCUGUGGACGCAGCACGACUACAUUACAUGUUUAGUGCACUGAGGGACAGCGUGCCAUCCAUGUUGCAUGCCAAACACAUGGAGUCAUGUGACCAGCUCCUGGAGAGUUACGACAAGGAGAUCAUGGACGUAUUCAAUGAGCACCUGCUGGAUAAGCUCUGUAAGGAGAUUGAGAAGGACCUGCGUCUCUCUGUUCACACCCAUCUGAAACUGGAUGACAGGAACCCCUUCAAAGUUGGCAAGAAAGAUCUGGCCCAUUUCUUCUCCCUCAAACCCAUCCGAUUCUUUAACCGCUUCAUAAAUAUCAAAGUUUAUGUGACCCACUACCUGGACAAAACUUUCUACAACUUGACCACUGUUGCUCUGCAUGACUGGGCUACCUACAGCGAGAUGAGAAACCUCGCCACACAGCGCUAUGGGCUCACAAUGACAGAGGCACACCUGCCGAGCCAGACCUUGGAGCAGGGGUUGGAUGUUCUGGAGAUCAUGAGGAACAUUCACGUUUUUGUCUCGCGCUAUCUUUAUAACCUCAACAACCAGAUCUUCAUAGAGAAGGCAAGUAACAACAAGCACUUGAACACCAUCAACAUUCGUCACAUUGCCAACUCCAUCCGGACCCACGGCACAGGCAUUAUGAACACCACGGUAAAUUUUACCUACCAGUUUUUGCGUAAGAAGUUUUACAUCUUCAGCCAGUUUAUGUACGACGAACACAUCAAGUCCAGACUCAUCAAGGACAUCCGCUUCUUCAGAGAGACAAAGGACCAGUCGGAUCAGAAGUACCCAUUUGAACGAGCAGAGAAGUUUAACCGUGGCAUCAGAAAGCUGGGCAUCACUCCUGAUGGCCAGAGCUACCUGGACCAGUUCAGACAGCUCAUCAGCCAGAUUGGUAACGCCAUGGGCUACGUGCGUAUGAUCCGCUCUGGAGGACUUCACUGUUGCAGCAGUGCUAUCAGAUUUGUCCCAGACCUUGAGGAUAUAGUCAACUUUGAGGAGCUGGUGAAGGAGGAGGGACUGUCAGAGGAGACUCAGAAAGCUGCCAGUGUCCUAGAUUCAGUGUUGGGAGAUUUGACCAGCAACUCUGCUGAGGGGACAGAGUACUUCAAGAAGCUGGGGGCAGUGUUUGCACCUGAGUUUCGCAGUGCCAAGAAUAUGCACCUGAGAAACUUCUACAUGAUUGUACCCCCACUGACUGUGAAUUUUGUGGAGCACUCCAUCAGCUGCAAAGAGAAGCUCAACAAGAAGAAUAAAACCGGAGCUGCAUUCACAGAUGAUGGCUUUGCUAUGGGUGUGGCAUACAUUCUGAAGCUGCUGGACCAGUAUCUGGAGUUCGACUCUCUGCACUGGUUCCAGUCUGUCAGAGAUAAGUACAAGAAAGAGUUGAACGCUGUGGUGAAGGAGCAGAGCAUCCAGUCGGCAGGCCAGGAUGAAAAGCUGCUGCAAACUAUGAACCUCACUCAGAAGAGGCUGGAUGUCUACCUUCAGGAGUUUGAGCUGCUCUACUUCUCACUAAGCAGCGCCCGGAUUUUCUUCAGAGCAGACAAGACUGCAGCUGAGGAGACUCAGGAAAAGAAGGAUAAAGAAGAAGCUGCCAAAGCAGGAGACAGUCCAGAUAGCUCCACCCACACUGCACCUGCUGUGAAGUGAGCCUCGUGAGAUCAACAGAGCAGGGAUCAAGUGUUGGACUGUGACUCUUAGAGGACUGUAAAGUAGUGCAUGCACCUGGCCAGCCGAUCAAGUGUGAAGAGAUCUCAAGCAAGAGACUAUACUGAUGUGUGUGCAGUUGACGGAGAAAUGACAGGAAGCUGGACUUGACAGGCAACAGAAGGAUAUUGACUGUUUAUGUCCCACAAAUUGUCUUCAUCAGAGAAAGAAUGUUUUCUUAAAGGGUCUCUCUUCAUUCCAGCCUACAGAACCGUCACUGUACAGCCCACAGCUGUCAAAUGUCUGUCAGUUUCUAAUAAAUUCUGUUUGAAUUUGUAGCACUUAAACAAGCGACAGGUGAUGUAAAAAUGAACACCUUCCUUUGCCACACAGCCUUUUCAAUAUUUCUACACUCAGUCUGGAUGGACUGGAUUAUUUUUCUACAGUAGAUGAGUAUCCUCUAGUGAUCAGAGGCGAGUGCAGUCAUUGAAUAAUCUGCAUCUGUUUUGAUUUCAGUGCUUUUGUUUCUGGAGUACUGUGCUGCAUUUGUUAGUGUCCAGUGUAGUAAUUGUAAGAAAAUGGCACCCCUGUAAACUGUAGCACACUAUUAAGGACUAGAGAAUAUUUUCAGUGUAAAAUCUUAUGGAGUUUUGUGCAUUUUAUACAUUGUAUGAACUAAGGUGGGUAUGUGCCUUUGUAAACAGUGUAAACAUUUCAGUAAACUAAUUAACUUAAGAGUUAACACAACUAAACAGAUCUGACCUGUGUGUUGCAUUGUACUAAAAUUUCCAAAGUAUUUCUCUUAAGUACUGAAGGCAUAUCAUAUCAUUACAUUUUUAUUUGAGUUAUCUCUAUCAACAUGUGGGACGUGUGAAAAUGAGGCCAUAGUUUGGUCAAAUAUGCAUUCCAUGAAUUAAUUUGCUUGAAUAAAAAGUUCUGUAAAGUC